AUGUCGGAAUACUGGAAAUCAACCCCCAAGUACUGGUGCAAGCACUGCUCCGUCUACGUCCGCGACACCAAGCUCGAGCGCGCCAACCACGAGUCUACAGGCAAACACCAGGGCGCCAUCAAGCGCUCCCUUCGCGACCUCCACAGAUCCGCCGAGCAAGAACAACGAGAGAAAGACAGGGCCAAGAGGGAGGUGGAAAGGCUGAAUGGAGUUGUUUCCGCGUCAGGGAGUGGGAGCGGAGGCGCCGGUGCGAAGAAACAUGGCGGCAGCACUAGCAGCGCGCCACCACCACCAGCGCCAACAGGGCAGCUAUCACAGGCUGAACGACAGAGACAACUGGAGCAGCUGGCCGAGUUGGGGGUGAAUAUCCCGACUGAACUGAGGAAGGAUAUGGCUAUGGUGGGGGAGUGGAGCGUCACUUCUACGAGGGUCGUUGACGAUGGAGAUUCUGGCAAUAAGACUGCUGAUGAUACCAAAGAUGAGGGCAGAGCGGUGGGAGUCAAGAGGGAAAGAGAAAGGACAGAAGAAGAAAAGGAACAAGAGGAGGCUCUGAAUGGGCUGUUCAAGAAACGGAAGAGGUGGGGGGUUGGAUCGAAAAGCAUGCCAGAAGAAGAGGAUAAAGAAUUGGAGGAGCUGCUGAGUGGGACGAUUGUCAAGACCAAGAAGGCGAAGGACGCCGAGGUUAAGGGCGAAGUCAAGGGGGAGGAGGGUGCGCCCGAGGCUCCAGUCAUUAAGAAGGAGGAAAGCCAGGACGGGCCUGCUCUGGAAGCCAUCCAAGACGUCCAAGAUGAGGCGCCUCCAGCCAUGGUCAAACAGGAGCUCGGCAACGAAGAGCCGGCUGUUGCAGCGGUUGUUUUUAAAAAGCGCAAGCCUAGAAACAUACGGCAAAAACCUGGCACCUUCUCCUCCUCCUUUUUCGAGACUGCGACGAUGAGGGCCUUCCGCGAGGGCCGUCCCAACCCGAUGCUUGCCGAGUAUCUCGAGCUUAGAAAGCAGGAAUACACAACAUUGUACGAUCGAUGGUGCAACGGUGCCCAACCUUACGACUUGCCUCCCCCGCAUUGGCCUCCGGCAAAGUCCAUGCUCAACCGCCUCCCCCACGAACUGCACCUCCUCAUAUUCUGCUAUCUGUACCAGGCCGACCUCUUCCACCUGGCCCUCACUUGCCGCUACUUGGCCGACCUUGCCAUUCCCGCCUUGUACUCCCGCGACGUUGCUGAGUUCGACUGCCUCUCCCUCCGAUGGGCCUGCACCUUCAGCUUCCUAGAAACGCUCGACCGGGCCCUUUCCCAUGGCGCGUCGGUCAACCACCGAUUCGACCACGGCACCGCGGUAGACUGUACCUGGGUCAUCCGCGAUCCCGAUUUUCACGAGUGCAUGUUUAACACCCCACUAAAGCUCGCCAUCUGCAUAGAUGACGCCUUGCUGGUGCGAUCACUUUGCCAGAGAGGCGCCGACGUCAACUCUCCUGACAGCUAUUCGGUCAACUGCUACGCCUACCGACUGAAAGCUUCAUAUCCUCUCCACCGCACCAUGGAUGACACACCCAGCCUUCAGCGUGGAAACCCCCGUAUUGUUCAGGCCCUUUUGGAGGCCGGCGCCGACCCCAAUCUGUACACUGGCUGUUCCUGGCCCUUUUAUGGCCGGUACCCGUACAACGCACGGCACGAGCUACCUUUGGGACUUGCAAUGCAGUCGUCCGUACCGGCAGAAACAGUCCAACUCCUCCUCCAACACGGGGCUGAUCCGCUGCUCAAAGGACAGUACGGUACGUGCCAGAGGAUUUUUCACUUGAACUCGCGCCCUGAUGUAUCCGCCCCGGUGAUCACGACCAACAUAACAAGGGAUGCAUAUCCGAGCGGGCUGCAUGGUGAACUUACUCCCCUGAUGGCAUAUCUAGCGUCCAGUGGCGGGGACACUUGGUCUUUUGACGAAGAAAAGGUGCGGUUGCUGUUGCAGUAUGGGGCUGGUCGUGAUGCUCAACGUAUAGUUGCUAUGCUCGCGAGCGAUCAGGAGUGCCCGUGGUAUAACAUGGAUAGAACCCCCGAGGUCUUCCGAAUAUUCGCCCUAAGCUUGUCCCAGCCGCCUGGCUUAGAUAUGGUGAGUUUCGCCCAACGCGAGAUUUCUCCUUUUCUGGCUGUUACUCAGUUGACCGACCGCUGGAUAACACACUGCUCCACUGUCUACGGGCUUGGUCACACGGCUACAGACUUCCUUCAAAUCACCUCUGGCCUGCUAAGACGCAUGGGCGAGGCAUGCGAGACGGACGGCGAGACUCUGUUCGGCAGACCCUCCGCCGCCGUUGACACCCGAGACUUAUCCAACAACUACAAUUCGACCUGGUGGACCAGUGAUUUGACCGCGCUCCGCUGGGUCUGUCUGCCGUUUGGCUUCCUUGGUUCUUCCACCCUCGUCACUUCUCUGCUUGCAAUGGGAGCAGACAUGGACAGAAGAGACUCGGAAGGCAUGACACCACUUCACUUCGCGUCCAUGUUUGCCUCGGGGGACAGGGUCCGUCCUUUGGUGGAGUUUCUCGGCGGUCCAGAGAUUUCUGGCCUGACAAUCGACGCCCGUGACGUGGUAGGUUGGACCCCGCUUCACUUUGCCUGUUUCUUUGGUCUGUCCACCCAGCUCGACGAGCAAGUAAGGGCAGCACGCCUUCUUCUCGACAACGGUGCGGAUAUCCACGCCCAGACCAUCGGUGGCUGGGCACCUAUUGCACUAGCUGUCAAGAAUGCAAAUCUCGGGCUGGUAAGGCUUCUGCUAGAACGAGGCGCUCGCCGGAGGGACAUGUUUGGGCCUCCUGGAUACGAAUCUCUACGGGCCAAGAUGUUCUUUUGCAGAUGUCUCGGGCUUUCUUCGUCCGGCAGUGGACAUUGGCGCGCUUCCCGCCAGAAUCCGCGACGGGGUAGCAGCCUGACGAGACGAGUCAACGAAUUGAGGCGCUUUGCUGCUGCGGCCGAUGGUGGUGAUGAAGAGUAUUGUACGCCCCAGGUUCCACUGCUUUUGACCCUGCCACGACAUGCACCAUCGAACAGCGCGUACAUUGCCAACCUUAGGGCUGCCAAUAUAUUCUAUGAACAUGAGACGCUCUCGUUGCUCAAUCCCUUUAGUAGGAACUCGCCAACUUUGAAUGGUUGGGCGGAACUCAUCAGGACCAACGUCGAUGAAUAUGCGGAUCAGGUGCUGGGCAACCUUGCACGCAACAACACGACAAGUGCGAUAAGGGCGCAGCUUUUCUCCAGGGACGGCAUGUACUAUGAUAGAGCACCGAAGCUGGCUGUCCAGUGUGUAGGUAGGUGCUACAUUCGGGAUGGUGAUGACGAUGAGGAUUGA